UUCCUUUUACAACACCAAUAUCACACGCAGAAGCGGGAGAGAGGGAGACAGAGGGGCGGAGGUUUCAUUGUCGUCGUUAAUGGCGACGGCUUGGGUCAAGUCGCUGCAGUGCAAAUCAAGAGCCGUCGACGUUCACAAUCCGAUCCCGAAAAACAUCUUACCCACUUCUUCUAGUUGUAGAGGCACCGUUCAGAGCAUCAAAGAUGUCAUCGACACCACCACCAAACAAAACCAUAGAAAGCCCAAAUCCCCAUUCCCCAAACAACCAGGUUCCGUUCGCCCCCGCCCCGCCGAACCCAGUUCGGACCGGGCCCGGUUCAGCUCCUCCGCUCUUCCGACCCGGACAUCGGAUCAAUAUUUUCCGGCCCUGAAGGAACUGGGGAACGGCCACCCUUCACGCAACGUCGUAGAGAUAAUCUUCCAUACGAGCUGGUCCCCGAAGGCGUUUCUGGGUCAGAUAGAGAUGAUUUUCAAGAUCCAGAACGCGCCCCGCACGGUGGCCCGAUUCGAGGAGUAUCGGGAGGCGGUGAAGGCGCGGGCUGGCUCAGGUCAACGAAUCGGCAAGGACGCGAGUGCGUGGGAGGACAAUGCGCGCUGCGUCGCGGACGGGAACGAGGUGAUGCGGUUUCACUGCCUCGGCCCGGCCUCCGGCGGAGCCUACGUCGCCGGCGCCACCCUGGCUUUUUCCAGCGGAAAGGGUUCGUCGAUUUGCACGUUUUCGGGGAGCGGGGAGGCCCACGAGAAAGCCGGCGGAGGGAGGGGCCGGCGGGCAAUGGUGGUGUGCCGAGUCGUGGCCGGGAGGGUUUGUAAGCAACUCGGGAUUGACUCGUGGUUGGAAGAACGAGUAGGCUUCGACUCGGUGAGUGGGGACAAUGGCGAGUUGCUAGUGUUCGAUCCUCGCGCGGACAAUGGAUGGCAAGCAACAUUCCUUCUUCCAUCCUUUACAUCAGUGUUUAUAAGUUGGCAUUGCCUCGUCCGUAAAAUUGGUGGUGGUUUGGAACAAAUUUGAUGCGGAAUGUGUGCGUGUUGGCCAAAAUGUGCAGUAAAAAGAAAGUGUGUUUGGCCAAGCUUCGCGGUAAAAAAGUAUUCGUGUAAAAGAAGGUGCAGCAAAGAUAACUGCAACAAAAAUUGAGGGUUUGGUUAAAGUUAGCAUUGAGUGAAAUUCAGGGUGUCAUAAAUGUCUGUUUCACUGAAUACCCAAAUCUGGAAAGCAGUGCAUUUUCAAUGCACUGCUGGGACAUCAAAGGCCCAUGUGUGAUAUAUAUAAUAAUUUCUGAAUUAUGACAUUAUUGAGCUCUUGACUUAAUAAAACAUCCUUCAUGGAGUGAAUUGGCCGAUAAGGCUUC